AUGCACAAGAAAGGUGCUAGACUUAGUGCAGCUGAAAUUGCAAAGCGCAAGCAGCAGCAACAUAUCGCGGAGAUAUAUGCUCCCGAGCGAUCAAGAAUUUAUUCAGGUGAAGAAGAGUUUAUGAAUACUUUACAUCCAUUUGAAGAAACCGGAAAAAACUCCGGCAAAAAAUCUUCACCUAUACAGAAAGCUAUCAUUUAUUCCAUUAAAAAUAAUGGAGGGAAGGCAACAGAAGAACAAUUAUUAAAUUUUGUUAAACAAAAAUGGGAUAUUAUAACAAAAUACACCGAAAGGGGGUUUACAAUGGAGCCCAACAUUCGUGUAAUCCGUCUUAAUUGUGCAGUAAAAAAACGGGGAAGACAUUUAUUUUUGAAAGUACCAAAAUUAAAAGAAACUUGGAUGCUUAAUUCAGCCCCAAGGAAGAUACCUCAGAAAAGGAUUAACCUAAAGACCAAAGAAAUCAGCUCCGGAUCCGAUCCUGGUGAACCAAUUCAAGAAGCUGUCGAAGAAUCAGAGGAAGAACAAAACGAAUUGAUCGUGGAUACGGUUAUGAGAAAGGACACCUUUGAAUAUUGCAUCGAGAAACUGUUCACAGACAAUGUCUCAGAGUAUGAUUUCAAUGAAAUUUGCAAAUUGAUGGAACCUUAUAAGGAGAUGAAUGGAUUAUUCAAAACUCUAGCAUAUGAGAGGCGUGUCCGAGCUUCUCUCGUCGUUCUAAAAUACCACAAAGUUAUAGAUUAUAUUGAAAAAGAUGGAAAAUACCGAACCCAUCAAAAUAUAGCUGUGGAUCAUAGAAUACCACAAGAUCCAAAUAAUCUUGAUUCCCUCCAAAUCGAAAAAAUGACACUCGAUGAAUUCUAUAAUUCAAUUCAAUCCAGAUUUAAGACCUGA